CACGACAGAUCCCCACCACCACAACCGCACCAUAAUCCCAUCAAACACCUCCAAAAUGUCUGCAACACCCGCCGAACGAGCUCCUGCAGUUUCUGCUCCCACCGCCACCCCGGCCGCCGCUACCGCUGCGCUUCCGGGAGCGCCAGAUAAGGCCGGCAUGCCAUACUACGAGAAGAUCCGCAAGGAUCUCCGAGAUAUGAUACAGCGGAAGCGCACACUGGAAAAAAACUUAGUGAGCCCCCUUCUGAAACCCACCUUGGCCGUGUGCGCUCGGUGACUAACGCGGCACAGGUCCUUUUCGAAGAAAACAUUGCAAAGUGCGAGCUCACAUACCUGGAGGAUACCCAGAACGGAAACAUCGUCAAAGGCUUCGAUAAUUACAUCAAGGGUGCCGCCGCUAGGAGGAGGAACAAUAUUAGCGACGCAGACCGCAUCUUCUCGCAUUCUUCGUUGACUUCUGCUGCGACCAAGGUUUGCUCAUCCCUGAGGAAUUGUUGUAAUCACGUGAUAUCUGAUACGUUUGCCUCUGAUAGCUCAGGCAGCAGGAGGACACUACACCUGUUACGAAUAGCUCUACCCCGACAAUUGCGGAAAAUGCACCCAGAAUUGGAACCACAGUCAGGAACAAGAAGAAGAGGAGAAAGGGCGAUGACGAGUCGGAGAGUCCGUCCGAAGUAGAGACGCCCGGGCCGAAGCGCGUGAGGAUCUCAUUUUCAGGACAAGGUGGGACCUGAGUAUUACUCCCACCGGUCCACCGGUGGCAGAGGCAGUACGACAUAUGGGGGAACGUGUCUCUUCGGGAGCCGUACAGCAUUACCUUCUUUUCCUUCCCAACCCCUCUUUCUUUCUUCCUCAUUCUGGGCUGGAUUGGCGUUGCACCAGGGUUUUGUGGUUUGCUCCCUACCAUUCCGAGGUCUGAAAAAAGAGGAACUAUGGAUUGCGAAAACAGUUAAAUGCCCGGCCGAACUGUGCCGAGCCGCACCUCUCUACGUUAGACAAAUAUUUUUAGAUGUUCGAUAGUGGAAUGCAUACUUGUACAUAUAUGACAGUGCUCAAGUGUUAGUAUCAUACAAGAAGUGAGAUAG